AUAGAUAAAUUAUAAAAACAUCUGUUUCUAUUCAGACAUCUUUUUAGAAAUACAUCAAUAAAUCAUUUUCUCCAUUCAUGCAUAAAUAUAAAUAAAUAUACAUUUAUAAUGAUCCAUCAUCACAGUUUUUCAUCAGUUUUCCCCGUUAAAAGGUUUUUUGGGGAGUUUUUCCUGAUCUGCUGUGAGGGUCAUAAGGACAGAGGGAUGUCGUAUGCUGUAAAGCCCUGUGAGGCAAACUGUGAUUUGUGAUAUUGGGCUUUAUAAAUAAAAUUGAUUGAUUGAUUGAUUGAUUCUACUCACCUAUAUAUCUAUACAUUAAUACACAUACUUAAAUAUCUAAACAUAAACUGUAUAUGUAAAUGUAUCCAUCUUUAUAUUUAUACACACAUUUUUAAAUAUGUAUUAUACUGCCCCCUGCUGGACAAACUGGUACAGUCAUUCUGCCCUCUGCUGGUCAGACUGGUGAGCUGCACUGAGGUCAGUUUUCAGACAACUGUUGUGUGUGUUUGUUGAACAGAAGCUGAUCCUGUAACACACACACACACACACACACACACACACACACACAUCACACAUCACACACACAGUAUUCAGUUUCACUGGUGAUACUGGUGUGUAUGUACCUGCUGUCUCAGUCUCAUGGAGGGACACUGUGGAUACAGGACCAGGGCCAGUCAGUACUGCUGUUACUCCAGCAUAAUAGAGCUAACUGUUACUGGUGUUAGAGUCGGUCCUACAUCAGGCUGGUUCCAUCAGUGUCAGGAGGAGCAGUAGGACUGUCAGUGGCGUCAGGAGGAGCAGUAGGACUGUCGGUGGCGUCAGGAGGAGCAGUAGGACUGUCGGUGGACUCAGGAGGAGCAGUAGGACUGUCGGUGGACUCAGGAGGAGCAGUAGGACUGUCAGUGGCGUCAGGAAGAGCAGUAGGACUGUCAGUGGUCUCAGGAGGAGCAGUAGGACUGUCGGUGGCGUCAGGAAGAGCAGUAGGACUGUCAGUGGUCUCAGGAGGAGCAGUAGGACUGUCGGUGGCGUCAGGAGGAGCAGUAGGACUGUCGGUGGCGUCAGGAGGAGCAGUAGGACUGUCGGUGGUCUCAGGAGGAGCAGUAGGACUGUCAGUGGCGUCAGGAGGAGCAGUAGGACUGUCAGUGGCGUCAGGAGGAGCAGUAGGACUGUCAGUGGUCUCAGGAGGAGCAGGAAGUAGAUGUAGGUGAUGACAGACUGCAGGCUGGACUACAUCCAACUACUUCAACAGGAAGUUGACAAGAAUCCUGACAGGCUGCUGGAUGUGGGGAAGGAGGAGGACCAGGAGGAGGCUCCUCCUCCCUGCAGGCCCCUCCCACAACUCUGCUCCAUCCCCAGGAGACUGGUCAUCUCCCCGGGCCUCGGAGGGUCGCCGGUCACCCCGCAGCUGACAGAGAGUCUGAGAAGGAUCCUGUUCGGGGGAACGUUUCACGUCUUCAACUACGAGUGGAGGAAAUCUGUCUUCCAGUUCAGAGAGCCGAACUCUGAGCUGUCCUACGCUCUGGAGACAGACAGGGGCGGGGCUCGGGCCAUACAGAUGGUCGUCCAGGCUCAAAUCAUCAAACACCUGCUGUUCAUCCGGCAGAGCGGCUCAGACAGACAGACGCUGCACAGGCGAGGUCAGACUGAUUCUUCAUCACGUGAUCCUGUUGGACACGUCCAGAGUGAAGACAAUACGUCCGACAGUCUGUGUGUAGGACAGAAGGACCAGGACAGGGCGCUGGCGGCGGCGUUGUCCGACAGCCUCUGGUUGGCCGGCCAGGAGGUCAGCGCCACCGUUACCUUGGUGACCGAAGACUACUGCAUCACACCUCACCUGGACUACAAACAGGACAACUUCACAGAGAAGCUGCAGCUGUUCACGUUCAACAAGAAGGACGACAUGAAGAUGUUCAUCCUGGAUCAUCUGCAGUGUUUUAAAGAGGAAGGAAGUCAUGGAGUCAUCCUCUUCCUGUACAGCCUCAUCUGCUCCCGCACAGUCGACAGGCUGAAGAAGGACCUGGACUCCGCCCCCUCACACCUGCUGCACCUCAGUCUGGGAAACUUUGUCUGCCAUCAGGCUCUGCUGAACCUGUUGCUGACAGGUAAGGCCAGUCCCCACGUCUUUAAUGGGACUCUAUACUUCGGGGAGGACGGACGUCCUCUGGAGCAUCCCCUGCAGGGCGUCCUGUCCCGCAGUGAUGUGGGAUAUUUACACUGGAGCCGAGAGCAGAUGGAGACGGGCAGACUACUGCAGGUGGGCAGCAUGCUUAAGACACCCCGGUACCCGGUGUGGCUCUGCUGUAUCAACAGCAGCUUCUCGGUGGUCUUCAGUCUGGACCGCUCGCUGCUCUCUGAUUGGAGGACGGAGCACCUGUUCCACCUGUUCUACUACAAUGGACAGACAUCCCAGAGGACCAUGGCCAGACUGACUGUAGAUACUCACUUUCACCACUGGGAGGCGUCCUGCAGACCCUCAGACCUGGACCCUGAGAGGAGGUUCCCCUCGCUGGAGAUGACCCUCAGGACCAAGUGGGAUGGAGCCGUCAUCGACUGGGGUGGGACCACACCGUUCUACUGACCACCUGACCUGACAGGAAGCUCCGCCCAUCAACAUAGAGACCUGCAGAGCUACAGCUGCACCUGAUCCAGUCUGGGUCCAUCAGAACCAGGUGGAUCUGAUCCAGUCUGGGUCCCUUAGAACCAGCUGGACCUGAUCCAAUCUGGGCCCUUUAGAACCAGCUGGAUCUGAUCCAGUCUAGGUCCAUCAGAACCAGCUGGACCUGAUCCAGUCUAGGACCCUCAGAACCAGCUGAACCUGAUCCAGUCUGGGUCCAUCAGAACCAGUUGGUUCUGAUCCAGUCUGGGUCCCUUAAAUCCAGCAAGACCUAAUUCAGUCUGGGUCCCUAGGAGCCAGGUGGAUCUUCCCCAGUCUGGGUCUAUCAGAACUAACUGGGCCUGGUCCAGUCUGGGUCCACCAGAACCAGCUGGACCUGAUCGAGUGUGGGUUUCUUAGUCCCUAGGAACCAGGGGGACCUGAUCCAGUCUGGGUCCAUCACAACCAGCGAGACCUGAUCGAGUGUGGGUUUCUUAGAUCCAGCUGGACCUGAUUAACUCAUUAAACAGUCGUCACCUGAUCUUUGGCAUUGUGUUUCUUUUUGAGAGAUCACUGUGAGACUGAGACACACCGAUAUCACAUCUGACAUCAGACUGACAUCAGACUGACAUCAGACUGACAACAGACUGACAUCAGACUGACAACAGACUGACAUCAGACUGACAUCAGACUGACAACAGACUGACAUCAGACUGACAACAGACUGACAACAGACUGACAGACUGACAUCAGACUGACAUCAGACUGACAGACUGACAUCAGACUGACAGACUGACAACAGACUGACAUCAGACUGACAUCAGACUGACAGACUGACAACAGACUGACAGACUGACAGACUGACAUCAGACUGACAGACUGACGACAGACUGACAACAGACUGACAUCAGACUGACAACAGACUGACAUCAGACUGACAUCAGACUGACAUCCUGACAUCAGACUGACAGACUGACAACAGACUGACAUCAGACUGACAUCAGACUGACAGAAUGACAACAGACUGACAACAGACUGACAUCAGACUGACAGACUGACAUCAGACUGACAACAGACUGACAUCAGACUGACAGACUGACAUCAGACUGACAGUAUGACAUCAGACUGACAGACUGACAUCAGACUGACAGAAUGACAUCAGACUGACAUCAGACUGACAGACUGACAUCAGACUGACAUCAGACUGACAGAAUGACAUCAGACUGACAUCAGACUGACAGAAUGACAACAGACUGACAUCAGACUGACAGACUGACAUCAGACUGACAGAAUUACAUCAGACUGACAUCAGACUGACAGACUGACAUCAGACUGACAUCAGACUGACAGAAUGACAUCAGACUGACAUCAGACUGACAUCAGACUGACAGACUGACAUCAGACCAAUAUCAAACUGACAUCAG